AUGGCCUCAUCCUCGCCUGCUCAACACGAGCCUCGCGACUCUCGCUCUCUCGAAAUGCUCCGUUCCAUUCUCACCGCUGCAGCAGCGGCAUGCAUUGCUGCCGCUGUAGAUGUCCCUGCCUCCAGCUUCUCUGACAUGGAGAUGGGCAAGGGUGCUCUGUUUGUUGUACGGACAUCUGUCGCACCGGAAACGAGAGCUCCAGACUCUAUGCACAUGGAGAACCAGUCCGGCGUCACCAAGGCCGGCACUCUUAUCGGCAAUGUUGCCGGCACCGUCACCGUGCCAGAGUUCCGCACCUGCGACGACGGCUUCACCUCGGGCAUGUACCUGGCCAUCCGCAUCGACGGCGUCGAGCCUCGCUGGCAGGACCCCGUCGCCGUCGGCAUCGGGCACCUGGCCAGCAAGACCGGGUCGAACGGCGACCUGCGCGCAAACAACUUCCGGGCGGACUGGCGGUGGGGCGACUCUGGCGGAUCUGAAAACCUCGUGGCGCUGACGCCGUUCGGGCUCAACGGCACCAUCAAGAACCUGAACACGGGCCAGGAGGUGUACCGCAUCCUGUCGAGCCCGGGCGGCUACUGCGGCUCGACGGCGAACUGGAUCGGUGGCAGCUACACUAGGGCCGCGAGGCCCAUACCCUUCACCGAGUACCUCGGAGCCGUCACCUGGACCGAUGUCCGCGCCGCCACCGCCGUUGGGGAGACGCUGAACCUCGAGGGGGCCGAGACCAUCGAUCUCGACCAGAGCUGGAAGCUGGACCCCUCCUUAGGCCCCAUCCAGGGCGGGCUGCAGACCGACUGCAAUAUCUUCGGCGCUUCGUCCUUCAUCUGCAAGCGCCUCGGGCCUACGCCUCCCACGAUCCCCAGCGGGGCAUCGCCGUGA